AGUCUCUCCCAAACUAGCUCCACCAGGGCUAACGUCUCCCAGACCAGCUCCACCAGGGCUAGCGUCUCCCAGACCAGCCCCACCAGGGCUAGCGUCUCCCAGACCAGCUCCACCAGGGCUAACGUCUCCCAGACCAGCUCCACCAGGGCUAGUGUCUCUCAGACCAGCCCCACCUGGGAGAGUCAUCCCCAGGAUGAUGACUCCCAGGGCAGCCUCACCUACCUCUCCCAGUACACAAACUACCUCACUGAGAGCGGCCUCCCCGAGGAUCCUCAGAGCAGCAUCGCUGAGGAUAUCAACCUCGAGGAAUGGCUGUUAAACUACGCAAUAAAGGGGUUUUUAGAGACACGGUGGCCGAACAACACAGUCCCGGUUGUUAUCUGUAGAAUGAUGGGAAAGCAGUACAAACCAACGAUUUACCAAGCAAUGAAUCUGCUUAACUCACUAACCUGUCUUAAGUUCGUGAACGCCACUAACAGGCAAAAUUAUUACCUGAACGUGACUUACGUCGAGGAUGCAUGCUAUUCUCAGUUGGGAUACAAAGGCUACCCUUGGGGACACCAGACAGUGAACCUCGCCCCAAGUUGUUUCUAUAGUUUUGGCGUGAUCGUUCAUGAACUAUUGCACGCCAGCAGCUUCAGCCACCAGCAGGUAAGGAUAGAUCGUGACGAUUACGUUACCGUUUACAAAAACCGUAUCAUCAAGAAAUUUUACCCGAAUUUUGCUAUUCGCGAUGGUGAGUACGAUUACCUUUGGACUGUUGGACUUCCCUACGACUACAACAGCGUCAUGCACUACCCGUCUGAUGGCUUCUCUCGGAGCGCCAUGCACGUGCCCACCCUGGAGGUCAAGAGGGAGUUUAAGGGGAUGAUAGGACAAAGAGACGGUCCCUCCCGUACAGAUAUCGCAGUUCUUAACCGGUACUACGAGUGCCAGGAGCACUACCUGGGCGACGACAUCCCUGGCGCUGUACCCUACGCAGAAUUUCACGCCAGGUACAUCAAACUAGACCGCACCAAGAGCGUCUCGGAAAAGUUUACAAAAUGGUUUAAUUAUGUGUCCGCGAAGGUAGCGAAGUGAUUUUGUUUAUUCACUUAUUAUAUUUUU